GUCUGACAUUAGCAUUUAAAGGCUGCCGCAUUUAAAUGGUUCCUAAAACAGUUUUAGCUCAAGUUGAAAAAUACUCGAUAAAAAGUUUUCAUUAAUUUUUUAUGUUUUAAAAUGUCUACAGAUAAUUUAGAAUGGUCAUUCAACCGAAAAAUAUUACAAGUUCCGAAGAAUUUAAAUCGAGUCUUGGUUUGCGAUCAUCCUCUGAGACCGAACGUUACUUUGGUAACGGAAAGUCGUAUAACCCGUCGAGGAUAUGGAGAUAGUACGUCGGCUAGUACUGAAUCCUCUACGCCAAUUCGCACUCCUAGUUUAGAUCCUUUAUCAUCUGGAUUCAAUGGAGAAGAUCCUUUACAUCAAUUUGCUCGAGCUGCUCAAGACCCACUUUCAGAAAUGGUUGAAGAAAUGAAAUGGCAAGAUGAGGAUGAUGUUAGAGUUCGCAAGAAAAGCAAAGAAGCAUAUCCUGAGGAUAGUAUCGAACCGUGGUGUAACAGACGUGCCGCAAUUUUAGCUAAAUAUACCACAUCUGAAAAAUUAUCAAUUGUCACGAGUUUUCUUUCCGGUGGAGAAAAGGUUGUAGUUAAAGCUCAAAGUUCAACUGUCGACAAAGUAAAAACACGAUUAGAACAAUUAGAUGAAUUCGAAGAAGGCUCCGUACGACAUGAAGGUGAUUUAUCACAACAAGAAUAUACAGUUCGAAUCGAACAAUUGAAUACUGAAUUGGUAUCAGCUUGGAAAGGUGACCAAAAAGUUCGAGCCUUAAAAAUUGCAAUACAAUGUGCAAAAUUAUUAGCUGAUACAUCAGUAAUGUCGUUUUAUCCCAGUAAAUUUGUACUCAUUACUGAUAUUUUAGAUAUUUUUGGAAAACUAGUCUAUGAAAGAUUGAGAGUAAAGGCUGAAUAUCAUUUACCUGGAAAUAAAGUUGCGAAACAUUUGCCUGAAAAUUUUACUCCUGAUAUGGUUUUAGAACCAGCCAAAGAAACUUGUCGUAAUUGGUUUUAUAAAAUUGCGUCGAUUCGAGAACUGGUUCCAAGACUCUAUAUUGAAAUGGCCAUUCUUAAGUCAUACAGCUUCCUUACAUCCAGUGAAUUUUCGGACGCACUAAUGCGUCUAACUCAUAUGAUUCGUGGUAUAGGACAUCCAAUUGUUGCAAUAUAUGCUAGAUGUUAUCUUUGUCGAGUAGGGAUGCUAGUCUCAACACCAAAUACAGAUCGUCGAUAUCUCUCUGAAAAUUUCAGAGAUUUCCUAGCAUCAUACAAUCAAGUUCUAUCAAAUGCAGUUCGUACCGAAUGUCAAAGGCAAAAAAUGGAAAUAAGUGCAUAUUUUUCAUUAUACCCGCCAGCUUUAGACUGGAUAUUACAAGCUGCAUCUGCAACUUCACAGGCUCCUCCAUUAUUGGAUCAACUGCUAGAACAAUGCCAGAAAUUGAACAACAGCGGAUUAUUAUUAAACACCAUUAUGGCAUCCUUUAAACCAAACCUGAUAGCAGAUAGAGCACCACAAUUUGUAGAAAUGAUAACUAAAUGUAACAAUGAAAGUUUUCCAUCUUACGUUUUAUUUAGAACAUUAGGUCUCUGUCUAGCCUUAAACCCACCACCUCAAGAAUUUCGUAGACCUGUGUUAAAUAAUGUCUGGAACAAAGUCUCAAAUUUAUCAAAUCCUAAUCAUUAUAUUCAUUGCGCUGAAGUGUGGGUUCAGUAUGCAGUGGUGAAUUUCUCAAGUCGUGAAGUGAAUACAUUUUUAGGAGAUAUCAUCAAAAAUAUGACGCCAAAUCGCGCCUAUGAAAAUUUCUAUCCACAAUUACAAUUAAUAUUAGAAAAAGUUGUAAAUCAUACGCAAGAUUUUGAAUCGUUGCUGAUGAUGAAUAAUUUUUUACCACUCUUAGAUUUAUUCCAAAAAGAAAAUGUUCGAGUAGAUGCAUGCCGAAUUGUGAUUACAGCAUUUUCAAAUCAAAAUUUAACUGUUAGCGACCCAAUAGUUAUUAAUGCGUUAAUGUUUGUUUGCCGUAUAUUACACGAUUCUGUAAAUGCAUUAACUGUUGAUGAUGAGCGUCGUCAAAUUGGAAAUCUUUUAACGAAUUUUGUAAAACGUGUCAAUUAUGGACGUGAUUUUGAACAACAAUUAAAUUUUUACGUUGAAGCGCGUGCUGCCUUUACAAAUUUAGAUCCAGUGUUAGCGCAACUUGUGCAAUGUGUGAAUCGUCUAUCAGUUGAUACUCGACUUGUUGUAAAAGGGAAUCAUACACGGAAAACAGCAGCUUUUGUACGAGCAUGCGCUGCAUAUUGUUACAUAACUAUACCAUCAAUAAUAUCAGCGUUUACAAGAAUGGAAUUGUAUUUAUUAUCAGGACAAGUUGCAUUAUUUAAUCAAUGUUUAGGGCAAGCAGAUGCAUGCUUUAAAGCUGUGUUAUCACUGAUUGCGGAUAUACCACGCACACUAGAAGUUGAUGGAAAACAGUGCAGUACUGAUCAAUAUCUAAUUAGCUAUUUACGAAAUUUCCUCUCUACACUUUUAGUGGUACCUGAUAGCCCUGAACAAAGUACAUUAUAUUUACUACGAAGUUUAUUAGGAAUUCUUCAGAAUUAUGCAUGGGGACCAAAUAAUUCAUCCAGAGCAUACGUUUUUUUAAAUGUCCUAGACUUAAUUGCUGUGGCUUCAAAGGAAACAUAUCCAUAUCACAUUGAUAAAAUUGACUCAAAUGACUCACUUUAUGGUUCUGAUCCAAAAUUUAUCGAGGAAUUGAAUAAAAUAGCAACCUUAAUUGUUGAAGAUUUGCUGGCUCAUUUAAAAUAUUUAGGUGAACAAAAUGAAUAUAGAAUUCAAUCAAAUCUCGCCGUAGAGUUAAGUGUACGGAUUAUGUUACGAGCAGAUUUAAAUAAUAAGCGAUUGGCGACUCUUGCGUUUAAUUUAUGGCAAUUAGCUCAAAAACAUAAGACAAUGGCAGAUCCAAAAAUCGAAGAAAUUUUAGCUCCGCUAAGAGCUAGCGUAAAAGAACAGGGUGACUUAGUAAGAGAAUUAAAAGCUCAAGGAGCUCCUGAAUUAAAUGUUAAAAAAGCUGUAGCUGAAUUAAAAGCACGGAAAAAAAUCUUAGAAGAUAAAGAAUUGAGUCUGGUACCAGAUUCGGCAACUUUCGAUCGUGCGAAAAUGGAAGAUUUAUUAAAAAGACGAUUUUUUUAUGAUCAAAGUUUUGCUAUAUACGGUGGAAUCACUGGCCAGUUUGAUUUUGGACCAAUGGGUUGUUCGUUCAAAUCAAAUAUGCUCGAUGCUUGGCGUAAAUUUUUUGUUUUAGAAGAACAAAUGCUUGAAGUUGAUUGUUCAAUUUUGACACCGGAACCUGUUUUAAAGGCUUCAGGGCAUGUUGAUCGAUUUGCUGAUCUAAUGUCAAAAGAUGUAAAAACUGGCGAAUGUUUUCGUGUAGAUCACUUAAUAAAAGCGCAUUUAGAAAAAUUAUCAGCUGAUAAGAAAGCUACUGAUGACGUUAAAGCUGAAUGUAAAGACAUUGUUAUCAAGUUAGAUGGAAUGAAUAAAGAUGAAAUGGCAGCCAUUAUGAAAAAAUACAAUAUGAAAAGCCCUCUCACUGGAAACGAUCUUACCGAACCGCUUGAGUUUAAUUUAAUGUUUGAAACUCAAAUCGGACCAAGUGGUUUAAUUCGAGGAUUUUUGAGACCAGAAACAGCUCAAGGAAUAUUCGUAAAUUUUAAACGACUACUAGAAUUUAAUCAAGGAAGAUUACCGUUUGCAGCCGCUCAAAUUGGUAAUGCAUUCCGUAAUGAAAUUUCCCCUAGAUCAGGAUUAAUUCGUGUACGAGAAUUCACAAUGGCUGAAAUAGAACAUUUUUGUGAUCCAAUUGAUAAAAAUCAUGGAAAGUUCGAUAGUGUUCGUGAUACAGAAGUUACUUUAUACUCAGCUUGCAAUCAAAUGGAUGGAAAAAGUGCAGAAAAAAGAACUAUAGGAGAUGCUGUUAAAGAAGGUUUAAUUGCAAACGAAACUCUUGGAUAUUUCAUGGGUCGUAUUUAUACAUUUUUAUUGAAAAUUGGUGUACAUCCUACUAAACUUCGAUUCAGACAGCAUAUGAAUAAUGAAAUGGCACAUUAUGCUUGUGAUUGUUGGGAUGCAGAAUGUCUUACCAGCUAUGGUUGGCUUGAAUGUGUAGGAUGUGCAGAUCGAUCAGCAUAUGACUUAUCGCAACAUACAAAAGCUACCGGAGUCAGAUUAGUCGCUGAAAAGAAAUUACCAGAACCAAAAGUCGUAAAAUUUGUGGAACCUGUUAUUGAUAAACGUACUCUCGGUUCGGAAUUUAAACAAAAAGCUAAAGUGAUUACAGAAACUUUAGUAUCAUUGGAUAAAAAUCAAUUAGAAGACCUUGAUAAAGAAUUAAAUUCAAAUGGUGAAUAUACUCUCAAAGUUGGAAACGACGAAUAUAAAUUAAAAAGAAAUCAUGUUCCUUCUAUCAAAAGUUACGAAAAAACUGUUCACGUAGAAGAAAUUAUACCAAGUGUUAUUGAACCUUCUUUUGGAAUUGGCCGCAUUAUGUAUGCUGUGUUCGAACAUAACUUCAAAAUGCGAGAAGGUGACGAACAGAGAACUUAUUUAUCUAUACCUGCGGUUGUAGCACCUUUAAAAUGUUGUGUCUUACCAUUGUCUGGAAAUCCGGAAUUCGAAAGCUUUGUAAAAGUUGUUUCAAAUGAAUUAACAAAUGUUGGAAUGUCAUAUAAGGUAGACGAUAGUAGUGGUUCUAUUGGUCGAAGAUAUGCACGUACUGAUGAAAUUGCUAUACCAUAUGCAGUAACAAUUGAUUUUGAUACCAUUGGAACGGACACUGUGACAUUGCGUGAAAGAGAUUCCAUGCAACAAGUUCGAAUACCGAUAAAAGAAGUUGGAAGUUGUGUCCGCGAUUUAAUUUCAGAAAAAUUAACCUGGAGUAGCGUUGUAGAAAAAUAUCCAAAAUUCGAACAACAAGAAAAUAAAUAAUACUAACUUCACUUAUUAAGUUAAUUUUUUGGCUAUUUCAAAACUUCACUUGCUUUUAAAGAUGCAUUUUUUAUUUAUGAUCAAUUUUUAUGAAAUAA